AUGGUCGACUUCGUUGGGUCUCCGGGCAAAGGCCUCCUCCAGGUGCCCAACGCAGCCUCCCUCCCGCGCUCCGGCGAUCUCGACUUCGACUCAGGUGUGAACACCUCCGCCGCGUGGACCGUCUCGCUCAACGACGGCGAUCCGCGCGCCAGCUUGACCGAACGGUCGCGGAGCAGGAGCCCAGGCAAACCCGCGGGGGAAAAGGCGGAAAAGGAACCCGAUGCGGAUGCGACGGAGAGCGUGGACCACGACUCCCUCGACGACGACGAGCCGCUGCGUCCCGCGCGCGCGCUGUACGCCUUCCACGGCAAGGCAGAGUUCCGCGAGCUUCCCCAGGUAGAUGCUGGGGACGAGCUGGAAGUCGUGCGGGAGGACGUCGGGAAGGGUGGAGGGGCGCGGGAUAUGGUGCAGGGCGGUAGCGAGAUUGGGCUGAUACCGCGCUCUUACUACAUCUUCACGGCGGACUUCAAGCACACCGAGGGACUCGAGGUGCCGCCGGGCCACUUCCGCCAGAGGAGCCGUCGCGAAGCCUCUGGUGGUUCCAUCACACCCCGAGUGAUACCCCAAACCACCGGAGAGUGGUUCCCCAGCUUCAGACGCAGCUUGCUGGGCGGGAAGAGCCUGAACAGGUUUUCAAGCUUCGUCACCAGCGGAGCGGAGGACUUCGUUCUCAAGGGUGCUGCUGAAGAACCCAAUCCAGGACACCAGCUUCGCGACCCCAGUUACGAUGAAGACGACCACCGGCGGGAGAGCGUGCUGGGCACGAUCGCGGAGGCGGAGCAGCACUACGUCGAAGCAGGGCCAUCAUGGAAAACCAAGGUGCCUCCAUUCCGUGUCCUUGUCCACUCCCCGUCCAAGCGGGCCUCCACACUUUCCGGGGCGUAUACCGUGUACACCGUCACUACCGCCUUCGCCGUCAUGGCUCACUCGCGGACCACCUCGGACGACUCAGAUCCGAACUACGACCCAUACGCCGAACCGCCGUCUCCCAUGCGCAUCACCGUACAACGACGCUUCUCUCAUUUCGUCGCGCUACACACUGCGCUCUCGAGGCACCUCCCCGCCAUUGCAUUGCCGCCACUUCCGGAGAAACACCCGGAGGGGGAUCUCGAGCGGUACAUCAACAAGGUCGCGCGGCAUCCGGUCGCCAGGUACGCCGAGAUUUUGACGUUCUUCUUGAGUUGCGAGAGCGACCUGGAGUGGAAGAAACAGUUGCCGUUCUAUCUCUCCUUGCCGACGAAGGGCCCCACCUUCUUUGCAAAUGUAUACCACCCUGCUUUCAACAUCGAUGCGGACGAGGCCGAGGAAGCCAUCAGUCGUUUCGUCAGUCACACCAAGGCGGUUGGAAAGGGUGUACAAGGGCUUCGUAACAUCUUUGGGCAGGUCCGAGAAGCGCGGAUAGAGAUGUCGAAGGCGGAGCGGCUGCUCUCAUGCUCGGUGCUCUCGAUGAUCACGGCGAAGUCCCUCGCGUCAGCGCCAACAACCGGAAUCAACGAAGACGAAGAUGAGGAAGAGGAAGGAGCGGACCACAAUACCACGUCGCAUGGCCAUGUGAACGAAGAGGGCGCAUGGUGUUGGAGGGAGGGAUGCGAGAGCUGUCUGAAGCUCACAAAAGCGAUGCAGAAGACCUCGGAAACACUUCAAAUUGUUGCGGAUCUGUAUGACGACCACGCUCGAAGGACACAGCUUAUGACACACGAAGCGUUCAAGAACGCCGCGCACCCGGCCACGCUGUAUGCGCCGGUCGUAGAUACCCACAGAUCAACGCUAUCUAGAUACCAUGAUUCCAUACAACAAGGACGAGAAGACGAAGAGAUGGCAGCUCGUUGCGAGACUGUGCUAAACACCACCAUGGCCGAGAUGGAUACUUAUCACACCCAGAAGCUGGAAGACUUCCAAGAGCUGACUAAAGAGCACCUUGACGGGGAGAUCGCUUUGUAUGAGCAGAUCCUUGCGCGCCUUCGCACAGCACGGAAAGCGUUCGACGAGCCACAGUACACCGAGCUCGGCAAAGGCCCGCGGCAACCCUCGAUCUACGAACGGGAGCUCGAACAACCUCGGCCGGGCCCACCACCCCUGCCCCAGCCAUGUCCCCACGUCUUCGACUCGGCCCCGAUGCGUCCUGUGAGCGUCGCCAUUCAAGAAGGGGUGGGGAUGCUCCUCGGAAAUCCCGGGCGGGCAAGCGUGUUUGGCAAGUUCUGGUAG